UAUGGUAAGAAUCUGUCUCGUUAAAUAAUUUUAAGUUAUCCAAGAAAUCCUAUUAAUUAAAAUGUCGGAUAUGAAGACUAAAUCGCCAGAAAAAGCUGCUGAUGCAGCUGUUUCUACAAAGAAAGAAGUUAAGAAGAAAUUUGGGAAACCAAGAAAUUAUGAUCUAGGAAAUGGUGUUUACAGGUUUAGCCGUUCUCGCAUGUAUCACAAAAAAGCCAUCUACAAGUUUAUAGAUAAAAAGACAACCAAAGUCGUGAAACUUAAGAAACCCUUAACUACUGAGAAAGAAAUAGGUGGUGAUAAAAAUGGAGAAAAACGUGUUGUUUUAUUGAAAAAGAGAAGAUCUAAUUAUCCUACAGCAGAUCCUAUCACCAAAAAACAUACCAAGAAAUUCUUCCGUGAACACCAUCGAUAUUUAAGACCCAGUUUAGUUCCAGGAACCGUUUGCAUUUUGUUAGCUGGGUCGCACAAGGGAAAGCGUGUUGUUUUCUUGAAACAACUAAAAACUGGAUUACUUUUAGUUACAGGCCCAUUCCUCAUCAAUGGUUGUCCGCUGCGUAGAAUCAAUCAGAACUACGUCAUAGCAACUUCAACACGCAUUGAUCUUUCUGGAUAUAAAUUACCAGAACACAUCAACGAUGAAUAUUUCAAGAGGAAACAUGAUAAACGUGCUAAGAAAGAAGAAGGCGAUAUCUUCAGUAAAAAGAAGGAAGAAUACAAGCCAAAUGAUCAAAGAAAAUCUGAUCAAAAGACUGUGGACAAAGUUAUAAUAGAUGCGAUUAAGAAAAGUCAAGACAAAAAAUUAUUGUUCACUUAUCUUUCAGCAAUGUUUGGUUUGAGGAGCAGUCAGUAUCCGCAUAGAUUAAAAUUCUAAUAGGCGGCGUUACAUUCUCAUUUGUUUGUAACUUUUUGAGAAAUAAUAAAUAACAACUUUACAUUUUA